CUCACACCUGUCAGGUUGUGGGCGCUUGUUUUCUUCAGCAGUCGGUCGCGUCAGUUUGAAACAUGCUGCUCGGUCUGACACACCGUCGCUGCCUCCUGAAGUGUCGCAGCGUUAAAUCACAAACCACCAGAAGUGCUGUUGUGGACAGUGCGCUCUCUGCGUUCAGAUCUAUAUGUGGUGAAGAUGGCGUCUCAUUGGCUGCAGCCGUCAGAGAGCAACAUGGCAAAGACGAGUCUGUACACAGAUGUCGUCCUCCAGAUGUGGUGGUGUUCCCUCGCUGUGUGGAGGAGGUCAGCGCCGUCGCCAAGGUCUGCCACAAACACGACUUUCCCAUCAUCCCCUUUGGCACUGGGACCGGCCUGGAGGGAGGGGUUGGCGCAGUGAAGGGUGGUGUUUGCUUCAGCCUGAGGAACAUGGACCAGGUCCUGGAUCUCCACCAAGAGGACUUUGACGUGACGGUGGAGCCCGGUGUGACUCGGAAGGCUCUGAACGCUUACCUGCGAGACACCGGCCUCUGGUUUCCUGUCGAUCCCGGUGCUGACGCGUCUCUGUGCGGCAUGGCCGCCACCAGCGCGUCCGGUACCAACGCAGUGCGUUACGGAACGAUGAGGGAGAACGUUUUAAACCUGGAGGUGGUGCUCGCCGACGGGACCAUCGUCCACACGGCCGGGAAGGGUCGACGUCCCAGGAAGACGUCAGCGGGGUACAACCUGACCAACCUGUUCGUGGGGUCAGAGGGCACCUUGGGCAUCAUCACCAAGACCACGCUGCGUCUGUACGGCAUCCCGGAGUCCAUGGUGUCGGCCAUCUGCUCUUUUCCCUCCGUCCAGGCUGCUGUGGAUAGCACGGUGCAGAUUCUGCAGUCAGGAGUGCCGAUCGCUCGCAUUGAGUUUCUGGACGAUGUGAUGAUCGAUGCCUGCAACAGGUUCAGCUCUCUGUCGUACCCCGUGACCCCGACUCUGUUCCUGGAGUUCCACGGCUCUGAGCGAAGCCUUGAGGAGCAGGUCAACACAGCCGAGGACAUCACUCAAAGUAACGGUGGUUCAGACUUUCAGUGGGCUCGAGAUCCAGAAACACGGAACAAGUUGUGGAAAGCUCGUCACGACGCCUGGUACGCUGCUCAGGCCCUCAGACCUGGCUGCAAGGCCUACAGCACAGAUGUGUGUGUCCCUCUGUCUCAACUGCCUCAAAUCAUCGUGGAGACGAAGGAGGACCUGAUUGAGAACAGGCUCACAGGUCCCAUCGCGGGUCAUGUGGGCGAUGGUAACUUCCACUGUCUGAUGGUGGUGGACCCCGACGACCCGGAGGAGCUGCACAGAGUCCACCUGUUCACCGAGAGACUGGCCAGGCGAGCCCUGGCCAUGGACGGCACCUGUACAGGUGAGCACGGAGUGGGCUUAGGGAAGAGAGCGCUGCUGUGUGAGGAGCUGGGACACACAUCUAUCCAGGUCAUGCAGGGUCUCAAGGACGCCCUGGACCCAAAGAACCUGAUGAAUCCUGAGAAAGUUCUGCAGCUAAGACGAGUAUAAAGAGUAUUUAAUAUUAUUCUCGUCAUGAUCUGCUCAUUUUAGAGGGUUUCCUGUUAAAACGGGACUUCUGGAGGAGGCACAGAACAGGCAGGGAUCACUCAAACAUGAAAAACAGAAUGUUUUAUUUUGAAAGGACUUCAGUCUACUAUUUCUGUCACUUUGUACCUUUUUAAAUGAAGGCUGCUAACAAAAUAAACACACUGUAUCCAAA